UAUUUCUUUAGUUUAUUGCCCCAAAUACUGAAAAAGGUAUUAGUCAAAGAGUGUUAAUUGGUGCUUAAUUAAAACUAUUACUUGAUGUUAUCUUAGUUACUUCGAUAGGCAGAUCAUGUGAUGAAUAUGUUAGUGACGAAGUCUUUUUAACAGAAAUACGUGAACAAUUAAGUGACAUGAAAGAACAAAUAACAAAAAUAUUGGAAACAUGUGAUGAACAAUUACAAAUAAUGGAAACGUCAGAAGAUAUCGGACAUUUACAAAAACAAUUGUUCCUCUUGAUCUCGUAUUCAAUUGUCUCGAAAAUCUAA